AUGAACUUGCUGAGCGAUCCGUGGAGUACUCACAAAGACGGCGACACCCAGGCGGAUAGCAGUAAUGAAUCUAGGAUUAAAGCCGUCACAGACACACUCCAGGGCCUCAAGGAAAGUGAGGAAGCAUGGUCAAAAUUGGCUCUUCUAAUCAGCGACGAUUAUGACGAUGAAAGCCAAUUCAGGGAACUGCUAGUGCAGGUCCAAGACCUGAAUGAUACGGCACAAACAGGCGUGAGCUUGUUGGUCUAUUGCGUGGUUUUUGAUAAGCCACUUUACAUCGAAAUUCUGCAUAAUACCGGGAAGCUGGAUGCUAAUGUACCCGACAAAAUUUUCGGGUGCUCUCCGCUAACCUGGUGCAUCCAUUUGAAUAGGCAGCAAUGCUGUGUAGAGCUGCUCAAUUUUGCCGAUGAGCUAGACUUUGGCUACGAAAACCCCGGAGGUUUCACGGCGCUGGAUCUCCUCAUCCCGGGAAACGCAAUGUACGAGUUCGCGAAAGAGCAUGAACUGUUCCGGUUUAUUAAAAACAACGAAAGUGCACACGACAGUCUAUUCAAGGCGCCUGCGUCAACGUUCGCGACAAGCGACGUUGAUCACACAUUGGAUCAAAUCGAUCUACAGACUGCGGGGCUAAAUAUCAACCAGGACGACCUGUUUACCAAUGACGAAAACUCAACACAAAACUAUAAAGAAAGCAGCUUUGCAGCUAGCUUCCUGUCACAAAACUUUGACUUCGAGAAUGUUUUGCCCAACCAGUACAUCGAGUUUGCCGACUACGAUAUACCGCGGCUGCUUGAAUUGCUCGUUUCUUUGCCCAGCAGAAAGCCUCAUAAAACAUGCAUUCCUGCCGCGAUAAUCUUCCAAUGCAUCCGGUUCGCCGACAAGAUUAGACAGAGCACACCCCUGGUUGAAAGCGUGGCACACUUAUCCCUCACCAAAAUAUUAAGUUCAGCUGCUUCAUCAUCUGGAGGGGUUUUGAACAAUCAGUCAGGCGACAUCAUACUCCAGUCUUACUGGCUAUCCAGUUUGAACUUCUUGUUUUACUACCUUUACCGCCAGGAUGGUUUCUUCAAGCGUUAUCCCUCAAUCCUGCAAGAACUUAUUGACGGAAUGCGGUCUCUUAUUUUGGAGCUCAACACCUCCAUCCACUCCCGGAUCGAGCCCCUGAUUGAGCCCACGCUUUUGGAGCACACAACAAUUGCUCAAGUCAAAGAAACUCUGUACAAAAAGGAUUGGAAUCUUUUCAAGAAGAGAAAACAUCGCAGCACUAAAAGUUCAAGCCGCGAUUCAUACGACGAGACUCUAGCUAUGCUAUAUCCUCCAUCCCUUGAUGAACAAAUGAAACCAUCACCUCUCAAGAUCGUGCAGAUUUUUGGCGCUUUAUCUUACGUUCUUGAUCUUCAUCAAGUUCACCCGCUUAUUGCCCAACAAUGUCUGUCAGUUGCUUUAAAGUGGUUUUCAGCGAAGCUGUUCAACAAGAUGAUGGAUAAUAAGAAAAAAUCGCUCUCACGAGCUCAUGCUGUUCAAAUCAGGUUAAACUUGUCUGUUAUCCAGGAUUGGAUAAAAAACCACAACUUCAAGGCGCCGCUGCCUACCAUGAUUGAUGACUUUAUGUGGAGAAGGUUUCCAUACACGCUUGUGCUCGACCUCAGUGAUAUUGACGGUCCAAGCAAACCCUUUGAACUCCGAAACGUAACCUUUUAUUCUCCAGCAGACGAGAAACACGCGGAGAAUAUGGACAACUCGCUAUUUUACUACCAAUCGUUUUAUCAUAUUUCUCAGAUUCAUAUGGAGCCUUGCAUGCAACUUUUGCAAUGGCUGCAGGUUGCAACUUCUUUAGAAGAUGAAGAAAGUUUAAACUCGACACUCUCUAUUCUAAACAAACUCUCGCCGGCACAGCUCUUGAAAUCUGUUGAAAAGUAUCGUUAUGAUUCGGACGAACAAAAGUUCAAAUCGCCUCUGAAGAAGAAGUUAGUUGCGAUGGUUAAGGAAACUUCCUCAACAAAUACCAGACUCGCUGAGAAAACCCUUUGCUCGUUGACACUACCAACAAUUACAGAAUUGAUUGGCAUGUAUACGCAGCGCGAAGAUGCUCAAGAACUUUUGCCUUUGUUGCCUAUGGAUGUCCAAGACGACGUUGACGAAAUUCAUGAGCAGAAUGUCAAGCAACAACAACUACAAGCAGAAAGCGCUGGCUUGAAAAACAGAAAUGAUUCUGACAAUGAAGGCGAGGCCAGCUCAUCUCGCAUCGAAGGCGAGACUGGAGAUGAGUUGUUUAAAGAACUGAACGCACCAUCAACUGCUGCUCAACGCCCUCUUUGGGCAAUUAACAGCGACAUCGAGGCCAAUCCGUGGUGA